CAUGGCUCCUGCCACCCCUUUAUAAGCAGGUGGAGGUACGGGAAGGCUGGCAGGACAAGCAAGCAGAAGCUGAGCACAGCUGCUGUGAGGAGUGGAAAUGGCUGGCUUUAGCAGCAAGAUCUUGGUCCUGGUUUCCCUGUUGGGGCUCCUGGCGCUGCUCCUGUGCGGCACCUCUGAAGCGCAAAGCAACCAGGAUUGCUGCCUGUCUUACACCAAAGUGCGCCUGCCUCGGUGGGCCCUGAAGGGUUAUACUGAACAACUCUCCAGUGAAGUCUGUGAUAUCCAUGCAAUCAUUUUCCACACCUACAGUGGGCUGAAUGCCUGUGUAAAUCCUAAGGAAGGCUGGGUGAAGAAGCAUCUUCUUUUCCUGAGCCACAAGCUCAAGAAGAUGUCAAUGUGAUAUGGUUUCCAGCAGGGAACUACACGCAGACGUGGCUGAAGAACCACUAGUUUGAACCUCUCGGUUGAGAUGUUGUCUUGUACACUGUUGUGUGCUUACUCACCACUAUCUCUGGCUUCUUUGGAACCGUUGAACUUCUUGAGUUGAUUCAUAUUGCAUCGCUGUUUUGCUUGAAUUAAGCAUUUAGUUAAAGUUUCUAUUUUUACUAAUAUGUGUAUGUUACUAAUAUGACGUGAGUGCUAUUUAGAGAAGACUACCUUAAGCUGUUGUACAGAGUAUGAAUUUUAUUAAGUUUAUUGCACGUUAUUUUUGUUUUGUUCAGCCUGUGUAAAGUGGAUUAUUUAUUCUGUUUAUUCUGUUACUUCUUUGGCAGUCUCUUGUGCCAAAAUGUUUCCUUUUAACCAUAGUUAGCAUUAUAAUACUGCCUGAAGUAUUGUUAAACAAAGCCUGCUUGUAGAAAAAAUGAAAAUUGGAGUUUAAAAAAAAUAAGUGUUAAAAUCUGCA